GGCCGCGUGCAAGCAACGGUCAGUGGCGGUCCGACGCGCGCCCUGAAUGCAUGUUUAUACGCACACCGACUCGGGGUAAAAAGCGUGCGACGCGAAUAAUUUGAAAUAAAUAAACAUUAAUUGUUCUAACAGUGAUGAAAGGUCAAAGUAAAAGAUUCGUGAGCCAGAAUGGCGAGUUCUACGAUAUGGGAACACAUAUCAAAAGGCAACAAGACGUUACAAUCGGGUUCUUCGGCCUGUGGCGAUACGCGACAUGGGGCGAGCGGUGUGCGACUCUCUGCGGGGCUGUGUUGGGCUGGCUGUGCGCAGGAGGCUUAGUACUGGCCGUGCUGGCAUACGGCGAGAUUACAGCACUCUUUGUGCAGCGGCAUAAGGCUGAGGAAUCAUCUGCUACAUCGUAUUUAAUGUAUUUAUUCGGCGGGGGACGGCAUUUGCCUAAUGGAGAUCGUCCGUCGCACAUGGACGCAUUGGUUGAGGACUCGAUAGCGUUCGCAUGGGCCAGUGUUGCCAUCAUGGUAGCACAAGUCAUUGCCGCAGCGAUCGCUGUCACACUUUGCAACUUUGCUGCCUCAAGAAUGAUAGCACGACUACGCUGGAAACUGCUGCAGUCGGUGCUCAGUCAAGAGAUAGCUUUCUUUGAUACCAACACUACAAUGAACUUCGCUGCUUCACUUACCGAAGAGACAGAGAAGCUAAGGCAGGGUGUGGGCGAGCAAGUUGCGAUGACAUCGUAUCUCGCGGGCACAGUGGCUUUGUCCUGCGCGCUCGCGCUGGCGUACGGCUGGCAGUUGACAUUGGCUGCUCUGGCGGUCGUACCUAUAGCUAUUAUUUUCGCUGCUAUAGUUGCUAAGAACCAGACGCAGUGGUCCGGCGAGGAGGUAUCGCGGUACGGCGCGGCGGGCCGGCUGGUGGAGCAGGCGCUGGCCGCCGUGCGCACCGUCAGGGCCUACGGUGGUGAAAAUUUAGAAGUCGAAAGAUACUCAGAAGCCCUACAAGGGGCGUCAAUCGCGUCUCGCAGGCGCGUGGCGUGGGCGGGCGCGGGCGCAGGCGUGGGCUGGUUGCUCACAUACAGCCUGAACGCGAUCGUGUUCGCGUACGGAGCAGCGCUAGUUGCUAGGGACAUGCCACUACCGCCACCGGAGAGGGUGUACCAUCCCGGUGUCAUGGUUACUGUGUUAUUCUGUACGUUCAUGGCGGCGCAGAACAUUGCGAUGUGUCAGCCACAUCUGGAGAUGUUCUCCGCAGCGCGAGGCGCGGCCAAGUCGCUGUUCAAGCUGCUGGAGAGGCGCUCUAAGGUUGACGCGCUGCGGGACUCCGGCACUAAGCCUGAUAGCUUUAAAGGAGAUAUCGUCUUUGAUAAUCUGUACUUCAACUAUCCAUCACGGCCUGAUGUCAAGGUAUUACGUGGAUUAAGUCUGCGAAUCAACGCUGGUGAGACGGUGGCGCUAGUGGGCGGGUCUGGCUGUGGCAAAUCGACACUGUUGCAGCUUCUGCAGCGCGCCUACGAGCCCGACAGCGGUAGUGUCACAGUCGAUGGCCACGCGCUCAAUGACCUACAUCUGCAUAACUAUAGACGUAGUAUUGGCGUGGUGGGUCAGGAGCCGGUGCUCUUCAGCGGCACCAUCCGCGACAACAUCACACUCGGCAUGGAGAACGUCUCCGAAGCGGACCUCAUCGCUGCCGCUAAGACUGCGCACGCCCACAGCUUUAUUACCAAACUUGCUAACGGCUACGACACAGUGUUGGGGGAGCGCGGGGCGCAGCUGUCGGGCGGACAGAAGCAGCGCGUGGCCAUCGCUCGUGCGCUGCUGCGCCGCCCCGCCAUACUGCUGUUGGAUGAGCCUACCUCCGCGCUCGACCCAGCCGCGGAAAGACUGGUGCAAGCCGCUCUUGAUGCUGCAAGUGUGGGUAGAACAACAUUAGUAGUAUCACAUAGGUUAUCAACAAUAGUGAACGCAUCUCGCAUAGUGUACGUGGAGCAGGGCGCGGUACUAGAGCAAGGUACACACGACGAGCUGUUGGCGAAGAACGGCGCCUACUGGCGGCUGGUUAACGACGACCUCACGCACAGGAGUAUCGAGAAAGCUCUAGCAGAAUCAACGGCGGAAGACGAAGAUGACGAUGUAGUGGUAGAGCGCAGGCCGCAGCCUGUCCGGAGGAACAGCAGCAUCUGUUCUACUAGGAGUAGGAAAGGAUCAAUGGUUCGCGAGAGUUUCAUGCGAAGCAGCUUGCGACUCACCACGCCACCACCAGCUCUUGAAAUGGCUACUGAUACAGAGAUAGACGAUGAGCUGGAAGGCGACGAGAGCAAGCAGGAGAAGGAUCCUGCAGUGUCGAACUGGCAGCUGCUGAAGCUGAACGGCGCGGAGUGGCCGCUGCUGCUGGGCGGCGGGCUGGCCUCGCUCGCCAUCGGCGCCACCAUGCCGGUCUUCGCAUAUCUAUUCUCUAAGUUAUACGGGAUGUUCUCCCUAUCGAAUACUGAUGAGAUCCUUGCCAAGUCGCACAUGUACGCGGGCAUGUUUGCUGGUGUGGCGGCGCUCAGUGGGCUGGUCACCUUCCUGCAGGCCUGGCUGCUCGGCCGUGCCGGCGCUCAGCUCACCGACAGAUUACGAGUCAUGACCUUCAGGAAUUUCCUCGUUCAGGAACAAGGUUGGUUCGAUAUGCCGACCAACUCAGUGGGAUCUCUGUGCGCUCGCCUCGCCUCCGACUGCGCCGCCGUGCAGGGCGCUACAGGUACUCGUUUAGGCACCAUGCUGCAAGGAACAUCUACGAUGGUGCUAGGUGUGGGACUGGCAUUGGCUUACUCAUGGAAAAUGACGCUUGUCAGUCUACUGAGUGUACCCUGUGUCAUUGGUUGUAUUUGGUUGGAAGGGACAGUAACGAAGCGGGCGGAGGAACGAGAACUGAAGUCACUACAGCGCGCCGCCCGCCUUGCGACAGAAGCUGUACUCAACGUACGCACCGUACAGAGUUUAGGCGUGGAGUUGGCAAUACUGGACAGAUACGCGGAGGCCCUGCGCGAGUCGGAUGCGCACGCGCGCGGAGCCCGCUGGGUGCGCGGGCCGGUCUACGGCCUGUGUCUGUGCGCGCCCACACUGGGAUAUGCUGUCUCUCUCGCGUAUGGAGGAUAUCUCAUCGCCAGAGAGGAUCUGCCUUAUGAAUAUGCUAUACUUGUAUCAGAGGCACUGAUCUACGGAGCAUGGAUGCUGGCGGAGGCGCUUUCGUUCGCGCCCAACUUUGCGGCGGCGCGUCGUGCGGCGGCCCGCGUCGUCAGCGCGCUGCAGCGAACACCACAAGUCAUCACUGAACCCACCGCUGUCGAACAUCCUGAUUGGUCGGCGACUGGCGAGAUCAAGUUCUCGGAUAUCAAAUUCCGGUAUCCGACGCGACCGCAAGUGGAGGUGCUGCGCGGGCUGAGCGUGUCGCUGCAGGCGGGCCGCACGCUGGCGCUGGUGGGGCCCAGCGGCUGCGGCAAGUCCACGCUGCUGCAGCUGCUAAUGCGUAGCUACGACCCUGACAGCGGCAGUGUGACAGUGGAUGGACGCGAUGUGAAGCGGGACCUAACCUUGCGUCAGCUGCGCGCUCAGCUCGGGCUGGUACAGCAGGAGCCGGCGCUGUUCGAGCGCAGCGUGCGCGACAACAUUGCUUACGGCGACGCUGCGCGAGAAGUGCCGCUAGACGAGGUCAUCGACGCCGCCAAGCAGGCCAACGUGCACGACUUCAUUGCCAGCCUGCCACUGGGCUACGACACUGUGCUGGAGGCGGGCAGCGCUGCAUUAUCGGGUGGGCAGAAACAACGUGUGGCCAUCGCACGAGCGUUACUGCGACGCCCACGCGUGCUACUGCUAGAUGAAGCUACUUCUGCACUAGAUGCCGCUAGUGAAAAGGCGGUGCAGGCGGCGCUGGAGGCGGCGUCUCGGGGCCGCACCACCAUCAUCAUCGCGCACAGACUGGCCACCGUGCGACAUGCACACACUAUCUGUCUCAUAGACAAAGGUGUAGUAGCAGAGUCCGGUUCACACGAAGAACUGGUUCGUAAACGAGGUCGCUACUGGGAGCUGCUGCAACAGCAGGCCCCGGUGGAGGCGCAGCCCUCUUGACAACUUACAUUCUCAUAGAAGACAAUGUUGUGGCCUUAUUUAAUCUGUGCUUUCUUCUUUACCUCAUGAGAAGCGUGAUAGAAGUGAAGUAGAAUUUGAAAUCAAGAAUUAUUGAAUGUCAGAAAAGCUUGUGUUGUGUGUUUGAGCAAGUUUAAAUUAAUUUUAGUGCUGCAAUGAUUGCUAUAAAAUAUGUGAUAGAAAAGUGCCUUUAUUUUAAUUAAUUUUAAACCAAAUAUUGUAAGAUAAUUAAGGCUUCCACUCGUGUAACAUUUCACUCUGUAAUUGUAGUUCCGAGCUUUUUUGCACUGGCAAGUAUUUUGACAUGACAUUUAAAUUUUUUGACAGUUGACAUAUAGCGUUUUGGUGAUGUGACCAAUUGAAAAUUAAUUCGAAUUUAUCGUUUUUUUUAUAAGUUAAAUGUAAUUUCA